AUGAUCACGAAGCAUUUGUUGCCACUGGCUCUGCUGGUAGUAUGCCCGGCAUCGUUCAAUACUGCCGUCACAGCUUCAGACAAGCUGCCCAUCAUGCCACGCAAUGCGCAGACGUACACACAGUAUAGCGAGUACUACCAAGAGACGUUGGACGCUGUGAACGACGAGCGGUCCAAGGCGGGUCUUGCAGAGCUGUGCAUCAACAAGAAGCUCUCAGCUGCUGCCAAACGUCACGGAGACGAUAUGGCUGCGCACGACUUUAUGGACCACGCGGGCUCAGACGGCUCAACUAUGACGCAGCGCAUUUCAGCCACUGGCUACGAAUGGGACGCCAUCGCGGAGAACGUCGCUGCCGGCCAGAACGACGUGGCUUCCGUCAUGCAGUCUUGGAUGGACUCGGACGGCCACCGCGCGAACAUUCUGGGCACCGACUACACCAUGAUGGGCAUCGCGUAUGCCUACAGCGCGGGAAGUAAGCACAAGCACUUUUGGGCGCAGGAGUUCGGGGCUGGUGAAACGGAGGCAUGCGACAGCAAGAGCGCUACCAACUCCUCGACGACCGGCCAAGCACAAGAGCAGACUCAAGACGAUCGCGUGACUAUAGCUACGAAGGUACAAGAGCCCUCGUACACGAUGGGGCCGCCCACCCCGACGACGACGAUCACGACCACACCCUCUGCAACAACAGUCCCCUCCACCAACUUUACGUCUUUAACCACCACGCCGACUGCUAUGGUGGAGCCUCCUAUCGUCCCCAAGCCUCCUAUCGUCCCCGGGGCUCCUACUGCCCCCGAGCCCCCUGUCACCACCAAACGCACUCGCGCUUGCAAGGCCAAGAAAUGA